AUGAGGCCCUGGUCUUCUGCAUCCCGACUAACUGUGCCCUCCUGCAAGCCACUUCCAGAUCCACUGUUUAACUCCUCUCUGUUCGGGCUGACUGGGAGACACAUUUCUCCUAAAUUCACUCGGGCUCCUAGAGUCAGUCAGGAGCAAGCGGGCUUGAGACAAAAGGCCAGGUCCAUCGGCCCUACCGGCCCCCACUUCCCCGCCCCCAUCCCAGUCCUGGGACAAAAGAGAGUGGCCGCCCUCCUGGAAGAGGAGGGAAGGAAGCCCUCGCGCGUUCUCCAGCCCCGGGCGGGAGGAAGUGGAGCGGAGGCAGGGGCGGGUUUGGGGCCGGCCGGACUGGGCGCGUGA